AUUGAGAAAUCUGCACCAGUUAUAAACUUCAGUGCACAGAACAGUAUGCUUCCUUCACAGAACAUGACAGAUAAUCAGACCCAAACUAUAGAUUUAUUAAGUGAUUUAGAAAACAUUUUGUCUAGUAAUCUGCCUGGUCAGACACUGGACAAUCGUAGUCUUCUGUCUGACACAAACACUGGACCUGAUACCCAGCUCCCAUCUGGUCCAACCCAGAAUCCUGCAAUUGAUUUUGAUAUCGAAGAGUUCUUUUCAGCCUCAAAUAUUCAAACUCAAACUGAAGAGAGUGGGCUUAGCAGCAUGACCACUGAGCCAGUCUUAGAAUCACUGGACAUAGAGACCCAAACUGACUUCCUACUUGCAGACACCUCUGCCCAGCCCUACAGUUAUAGGGGAAAUUCUAAUUUCUUAGGCCUUGAAAUGUUUGACACACAGACACAGACAGAUUUAAACUUCUUUUUAGACAGUAGCCCCCAUCUGCCUCUGGGAAGUAUUCUGAAACACUCCAGCUUUUCCAUGAGUACUGAUUCAUCUGACACCGAGACCCAAACUGAAGGGAUCUCUGCUGCUAAAAACAUCUCUGCUCUAGAAAGCAAGGUUCAGUUAAAUAGCACAGAAACACAGACCAUGCAUUCUGGCUUUGAAACCCUGGGGAGCUUGUUCUUCACCAGCAAUGAAACUCAAACAGCAAUGGAUGACUUUCUUCUUGCUGAUUUGGCCUGGAACACGAUGGAAUCUCAGCUCAGCUCUGUAGAAACCCAGACGUGUGCAGAACCACACACAGUCUCCAACUUCUAAAAGUGAAGUCCAUGUGUGGAACGGCAUUUACAAUUUCCUUGAUUUAGAAAAUGAAGAG